UCGGCGUCGAAUCUGUGCUCUCGGUGAUCGUGCACGUCGUGUCUUAUCUCGUUAUCUCUCGAGGAAAGCCGUAUCUUUCUAUCCCUCUUUCGCGACAAGCCAUGGCCGUUUUAAUUCAACUGACGGAGUGAUAAUCGUCAAGUUCGAAAAGGGAAGGUUAUAACGAAGAAGCGACAAAAUGGUACGGUCAAAAAGUGAUACGGCAUAGCACACCGAGGGAUACGUACCAGAAUUACGCAUACUUAUACACGUACGUGGAAGGGAUUAAUCGCUAUGAUGUCAAUUGUACCGUGCGAUCUUCGGCGGAACUCCGAUCCAGCGAUCCGAUCCAGCGACAUCGUGCCACGACACAGUGCUGGUGAAUGAGGGCACAAGGAACGCAUACGGGGGGCGACGACGCCCUUGAGGCUUGAACGGGGAAAAUAUGGUGCACGAGGGCACGGGUCUAUGGCACGCGGCGGGAUUCAACGUAUCGAAGUGGCUGAUGAUUAUAAUACAUGGAUACCGGGUCACCACCCUCGUCCUGUACAUCCUGCUCAACGUACUGGUGCGCACCGAGUAUCCUACAGCAGUAACGGCUGAAAUAGUUGAUGUUAACAUGAACUCGUUGGACGGCACGACGGGAAAGCCAUUAGAUGUCGAUCUGCCACCAACCCUGCCGAUGACCUUCGGUACGGAAAAUUCAACAUCGAUUUCAGCGCAAUCAGGAUCCACAGCUCUGAUGCCUUGCGUUGUCCACAAUCUAGGAGAGGGCACGGUGUCGUGGAUCAAGCGAAAGAACUUAUUAUUACACGAACUACUGACCGUAGGACUAACGACAUACGCCAAUGAUGAACGGUUUCAGGCAAUUCAUUUCCACCACAGCGAAGAUUGGACGCUUCAAAUAAAAUACGUCCAACCGAGGGAUGCCGGAUUGUAUGAAUGCCAAGUGUCCACCCAUCCGCCCACGAAUAUAUUUCUGCUCCUUGACGUCGUCGAAGCAAGAGCGGAGAUAGUCGGCCCCGGAGAGAAAUUUGUGAGGCCUGGUAGCACGUUGCAACUCCAUUGCCUGGUAAAGAAGUCCACGGAAGUACCGUCAUAUCUUUUCUGGUAUCACAACUUCCGUAUGAUUAAUUACGACGUUGAUCAAGGCGUGAACGUUAGCACUGAUCUCGUUGGUCGGGAGAGCUGGUUGGAGGUGCCAAGAGCGUCGGAUCGUCACUCGGGCAACUACACCUGCGAGGCUAGUAAUGCCCAGCCUGCGCGCGUCUUGGUGCACGUUUUCAAGGGUGACAAUCCGGCCGCCAUGCAGCAUAGCAUGGCAUCAUCGCCAUCAAUGAUGGCCUGCACCGCGUUACUCACCAUGUUCGUCACGCUCAAGCUAGCUCUGCAGACGAACUGGAGUUUAUGACGUGGAUAAGUGCAAGACUCGCGAAAAUCCGGAGUGUGUUAGCGAAAUUGUGUAACAUUAUCGCAUGAUAUCCAUAUUCAUGCGAAGAUGUGCUCUAGUUACAAUCGCCGAAGUUAGAACGGCAACAUGAUUAUGGUGGUUCCAAUUAAAGAUUCAUCGUUGUUAUCGGAAUGGUUACCAGAACGUUUGAAGCUGCAAGAUUGGCUGUGAUUGAUACUAUUUAUUCGACGAUCAACUUUCCGCUCUACGCUGCCGGACAAAGUAGUACUGAAAGAUCAGCUGUGAUUAUUUGUGUCAUCGCGAGGCAAAU